ACGAGUAGUGUCAUCGCAGUUCAGCUAUCGUCUGCUCUUUGACUGAAAACAUUGAGGAACUCGCGGUAUCUCCUUUAAUUAUUACGGAUAUUAUUUUCUAAAAAUGGAACCUCAGGACAUUUAUUACAACAAAAAUGAGUACGUGGAGACUGCUUCAGGUAACAAAGUCAGCCGGCAGACUGUGUUAUGCGGCUCGCAGAAUAUUGUUCUCCAUGGAAAAGUUAUCGUGCAGUCAGAUGCCAUAAUAAGAGGUGAUCUGGCUAAUGUCAAAACUGGUCGUUACUGUAUCAUUGGCAAAAAUGUUGUGAUUCGACCACCUUUCAAAAGAUUCACAAGAGGAAUUGCAUUUUUUCCUCUUCAAAUGGGAGACCAUGUGUUUGUUGGAGAUAAUUCAAUUGUCAGCGCAGCCAUUGUUGGAUCCUAUGUUUACAUAGGCAAAAAUGCAGUUAUUGGAAGGAGAUGUGUGCUUAAAAGUUGUUGUUACAUAGAGGAUGGCGCAGUAGUUCCUCCAGAAACUGUUGUGCCUUCGUUCACUAAAUUUGCAGGAAAUCCAGCAAAGUGCAUAGAAGAUCUACCAGAAUGUACAAUUGAUUUAAUGGUGGAUUUUACCAAAAGUUAUUAUCAGCAUUUUUUACCUUCUAAAGUAUAAACAUAAUCUCUCAAUUAAUUACUAAAUUAAUGAAAUUACACUUACAAAGACUUAUGUAUAGAUAUAACUAUAGUGCUUUACUGUUAAUUUGCGAAUCCUUACUAUUAUUUACUAGGUGGAAGUAGACAUGGUUUAAAUUGUAUUUUCUAAAAAGUGAUUAACUCUGAUCAACUCUGUCAAAAUGAUGUAUAUAUCUUCAGUAACAGAAUUAUUUUCUGAACUUGAAUAAAUAUUUUCAAUCAAACAUA